CAUCUCAGCGGGAGCCAACAUGCUGCGGGCCGUCCUGAAGCUCUGCUGUGGAAUCACAUACCCACACCUACGGAGCAUGACAGGUCUGCAGCGAGCAGCUCUGGCAGCGUUCGGCCAGGAGAUCGCACACUUACAGAGCCGAGGACAGAUGGCCCUUCCAGCAUGGAGCUCUUUGAGAUGGACUGAAAAGACCGAGGCGGCGGAGCAGAGGACGGCUGCACUGGCCGAUGAGGACGUGUUUUAUCUGAAACAAGGAGACGCAGCACUGAAUGAAGCUCUGAAGAUCGUGGAGUCUGAGGACGGAUGGAAACUGGAGACGGCUGAGGAGAACGGAGAUGUGAUCUGUAGCAAAGUUCUGACGGGCAACAGGAAGGUUUUCAGAUUAGAGGCUGAACUGAACGCGUCUACAGAGGAACUUUACGACAUCUUAUUCUUCAGAGUGGAGGAGAUGCACGAAUGGAACCCCAGCAUCAGACGCAUCAAAGUUCUGAAACACGUGGGCAGGAACACCAUGGUUACCCACGAGGUUUCGGCGGAAACGGCGGGAAACCUGAUUGGCCAGCGGGACUUCCUGAGCGUCAGGCAUUCGUCCAAGAGCGAGUCACGUGUUUAUUUGGGCGGAGCCUCGACGCGGUGGGAGUCUCUGCCGCCUCAGCCCGGGUUUGUCAGAGCUGAAGAUGGACCGACCUGCAUCAUCCUGCAUCCGCUUCAGGACCGUCCCGACCGCAGUCGCUUCAUCUGGCUGCUCAACAUGGACGUCAAGGGUUGGCUGCCGCAGUCACUAGUGAACACGGCUCUUCCUCGAGCACAAGCGGACUUCACUAAACACCUGCGGCGCCGGCUGGCCACACAACACCCAGAAACCAAGAGGUGAUGAGAGACGCUUCUGUCAGACUUCAACACUAUAGGAACACAGCCAUGCAACAUACACCUCAGACGAACAGGAUGAAAGUCAUGUGGAAGACAGCGAAGUAGCAAAUCAGCUACUUUGAAAUUGAGUUGACCAUAAAAUGACAAUAAAAAAUAUCUUUCACAGGA